GUUUUUAGCUAUGGGCCUUCUUUUUAGACUCCUUCGCCCCUUGAAAAAUCGAUUCUUGGGUAUAAUUCCCCUUAUCAAGACAUCUAAUCCCAUUUUAGUCCUCCGAACCAGAAGCAUAGAAAAGCUCCCCGUUUUCAUCUCCUUCUGUGAAAAUAUAGCCGUUAUGAUCAUGGUUUCAGCUUGUUCUUGUGUCAAAACUCUUAUUUUUCCUGGUUUCUACAAUGGGUUUUCUUCUUCUUCAAGAAUUAAUAUGAUUCCUACCAGGAAAUUUUCUAGGGUUUGCAGUAUUAGGGCUUCUGUUGUGGAUUCUUCUGAGAGUUCUUCUGAUUUUGUGAAGCGAAUGGAGAAGGCAUGGUUAAUUUCAGAGGUUUUGAAUUAUCUGGUUAUUCCUACCCUUGGGGAGUUGAGGUGCUGUCCUCAGAGGAGAUUCUGGUUUCUUGGUGUGGGACUAUAUGGUUUGAGACUUUUAGAAUCAUAGGAGUUUGAUGAAUCACUGGGUUAUCAAUCUUAUGUGGUUGAACUUUAUGUAAGUCAAAGAGAAAUAUGUUUAUGACGUGCAUUUGCUAAAUUGUGGUGUACAACAAGGAAGUGUAAUUGAGAGGAAGCUGCAAUAACAAUCAUGUUUUAUGGAAGAUAAUUUUUAUGGAAUUUGGUAAAUGUUUUCCUUCAUAUAGUUAAAAUAGAAGUCCGAAAGCAGUAUAUUUCUUUCUCAUGAUCAAACUGUCAAGCCAGCAUUUUGAAAGCAAUGGGCCUCAAGGCAAGGUGCACCUUGGUUCUUAAAGCAUGAGGGAAGAGUUUCGAUCCAUCAAUUACAAGUUGCUGGAAUGCUUAAGAGAGCUGAAGGAUAAGCUGGGAGGAAACAGUUGGACUCAAGACAGUGAGGAAUCAGUUGAUUUCCCUUGAUAUAGAGUAGAGGAAGUUUUAUGGAUGGGGAUUGACUAGUUUGGUUUUGUUUUGUUCUAUGGCAAAGAUAUUCUGAUGCGACAGGUUAAAAACCAGUUCUUAACUAAGAACAUAAAAGACCUAAACAAAGUGCAUGGCUCUUGGGAGGCAUACAAAACAGAACAAGCAUAGAGUGUGCGAACUUUGUAAGUAAAAAAGUGAAGUAGAAAGCAAAAAAAUAUAGUUAAGGAAAUGCCUUUUGCUGAUCUGAAGAAAAUCUGAUGAUGUCAUAUAUCCUAUAUUCACUUGCCUUUUAGUGUAAUAUACUAGAUUAAGUGCAUGUUGGCUGAUUCAUUUAUAUCAUUAUAUGUAAC